UUUACGCGAAAAAUGGCAUUUCUUUGUAAUCGUGUGAAAACGAAUGAAAGUGAAAGAAAAGUUAAUUUCAAUAUAAGUAACCUGGACGAAAAUAAUGUACGAGUGUUAUUAUUUAAAGAAUUUGGAUUUAAGGGACGAACAUUAAUAUUUGACUCUUCAGCAAUAGACUAUUUAUCUCACGAAAUAUCAGAUGUCAAUCAGCAGGUAACUUCCUCAAUAAAUUUUCAGAAACUUACUGAGAUGGUAUUUGGUUCAGUGAGUUUAAGAUGCCACGAGACCUAUUUUCGAAUACAUAAAUUGUCUUCGCCAAACCGUAUAAUGUUUACACAGGUCUUUCCUUUUCCCGGUUCCAAGAGAAUAGAAUUUUGUGCUUUGGAUCCACAUUUGUCACCUACCGUGAAUAAUUUAUUUUAUUUAGCAACCGCACCAGAUGAUGCAACUUCACAAAAUAGUAUACUUUCUUUUGAAUUAGGAAGACAACUAGACCAACAACUUUUUCAUGAUCAGUUUAAUAUUCCAAACUUAUCAACGAAUACCUUUGAUUCAGGAUAUGCGGAACAGUCUUUUAGCAGUUUCGUAAUUUCGAACAGAAGCAACUUCAACAGCGGAGUUUCGUUAAAUCGCAGUCAAAGUAGAAUACUUAGUUCUGAUACCAAUAAAUCUUUAAGUGAAUUGGAUCUUUAUUCCGGUGAAAAUUGCCCUACCAAGACUUCACCUACAUUAGGACUUGUGAUAAUUUUAGCAAUUGCUAGUGAUAACGAUGAAUAUUUUAAGUGUUAUAUGAAACAUAUAGCUUUUAUUGAAUCUGUUGUAUUCCGUAUGAGGCAAAAUAUGGAAACUGUCUUUAACAAACCUUCAAUCCUGCUCUCUACGAUGAUCGAAAUUUUUCACAAGUCAACACAGUGGCUGGCACGCAUGUUUCCGGACUUACAAAAAUGUAACAGUUAUGAAAUGAAUAAUACAAUGUCUAAUAAGUUGAAUAGGUAUUCCGAAGAAAUACACGAUGAUCCACUCAAGUUAAAAAUAGCUUCUUUAAUGUUCAAGAUAAAUCAUCAAAAAUUUUCAUUGUUAAACAGCACAGUCUUUCCGAAAAAAUAUAUUCCACAACGUAAAGUAGUAGCUGUAUCAAUUUGUAAUGAGGCAGAAGAUUAUUUUGAUGAAUUCUGUGAACUACUAAAAACAGUAGAAAAUAGGGAAACAAAUUUCUUUUUAAGUACUAUAAUAACAGCUACAUUAACUUAUCACUUGGGAUGGAUAACCACUUGUUUCUCCUUGUCACCCCCAAAUAAAGAUCAUAUAGUUACAAGUUAUAAUAGUUUAUGGAGACAACUAACUGAGUUAUACGGGGCACAUGGAUGGCCUAUAAAAUCCGCGCAAACUAUCAUAAGUGGAUCAAAUCAAAACGAUAUAAUUUCGAAAGUACUUCAUUUCGUACAUUACUUCGUUAGAUGUUCUACAGUUCUACAUAACUGUCUUGAAAGAAUUAACGUGAGUAAGGACAAUGAAACCGCUGAUACAAUUUGCUUAAAUUACAAAUGUUCUGGAAAUUGUUUAACAAAACCUUCCGAAGAGUCAUUUGUUCCAACUUAUCAAAUGAAAUCAACAUUACACAAGUCAAAAGUGUGUAUGUCUAAUCUCUCAGAAUUAUCAAAGUAUGAGGAGUAUGAAGAAAAUUAUUUAUCCCCCUCAACAAAAGUAACAUUUCUUUUAGGAGAAAAUGAAGAACUUAUCAAUUUAAAACCGUGCCUUACAAAUUCUUCGACUGAAGCUUCUGAAAGCGACAACGACGCCACUACUUUGGAUUCAUCUAAGAAGCUGAAUCCCUUUACUCAACAUUCCAGUUCAGUUCUUCAUUAUUUAUGUGAACCUAUAAAACAAAAGCAUUUGGGAACGAUUAAUAUAUUUAAUAAUGAACAUUCCAAUAGUAAAUCUCUAGAGGAAGAAGAAGUAUUAGAUUUGGAUAAUAAUUGUGAUUACUUUAAAGAAAAAAAUAAGCAAGUAUUGCAUUGUAACAGAAAACAAAGAAAGUUUCAUAAAUUAUCGAAAAUGAAAAUUAUUUCUUUUCCCCUGCCAAGAUCUAAAUUAAAUAACAUAUUUAAAACAGCAUAUGCUUCCUCUUUAAAAAGUGAUACAAUUGGAAAAUAUGUCCCAGACAUGGCAGUGCAAGGGGCAAGUGUAUUUCAAGAGGAUUGGAUAUUAAAAUUAAAAAGAGAUCUUUAUUUAACAAGGCAGAUUUACUUUUUUGAUGGAUUUGUAGACGAAUCUGUAGCAGUUGUUGGUAAUGUAGAUAAAUGGGAUGUCGAAGUUAUCUCCAGUCGCGCUAGUAUUAACCGAAAAUCAAUAGGGAUGAAAUUAGAUAUAUCAUCACUAGUUGCUAAUAUGUUAGAAGUUUUGCUGCAAAUGUGGAAUUUGAAUUUUUGCAAGAAAUAUAGUGCAACGCACAUUGAACAAAGGCUUCUGGAAAUAUGCAUCCGUUCCUAUGCAUUCGGUCAACUUCUCCUGCACACAGAUAUAUGUACAAUGGAUCUAUUAACUGCAACUUUGCACUUUGAAAUAAAUGAUAUACCUCUACUUAUGUCAGUAGCUUCAGUAAUUUCUCCGCAAGUGACCAAAAAAUAUGGACUUUCAUUUCCGUGAUUUUGUAUCUAGGGUACUAUUUAACUUUUAUAUUAUGUCUAUUUAUUGUAUUAAUAAAUAUUUAGAUUUAUUAAGUUGAGCAGUAUUAUAAAUGAUGAAUAUGAUUAUGUGGGAAUAUA